UUUAAGAUCGCUCCAGUCCACACGAAACUGUUGUUACAACAAAAACCCUAAAGCAAUAUAGAAAAUGUCAAAAUUAACUAUUGUUCUGUUAGUAAUUGCUGUCAUUGGAGUUGUUUGUGCUCGACCCCGGGCUUUCCCCAAUGACGAUGGAAGCCAAGUUAAUGUCGCGGACGGCGGUGAGAGCGUUCACAUUGUGGAUGGAGGUGAAAAUGUAAACGUUGUGGACAACGGCAAUGACGUUCAUGUAGUGGAGGAACCACGGAAGAAGCAUAGAGAGGACUACAGUUAUCACAAAAGACCAGACUAUCCAGAAGGGCCAGUGACAAUAAUUGAGCCAAGGACAGAUAAAUUAAUAGAAAUAUUAAACGAUUCUGGAUCCGAGUGCCGUAGAUGUGUAGAAUUCGACGAUGUGCCAUACCACAGCGAAGUUUGAAUACAUUUAAUAAGUUAAUAAUUAAUUGAUUUUGUUACUAUUGGAAUUUUCCCAAUAUCGAUUAUGAUAAUUAAGUAACAAUUAAUGAGUUAUUUUAACGAGCUGGCUUAAUAGCCUAACCGAGAGAUUAUAAAUUUGCUUUGUAUUCAUUUGUUAACUGCUUGAACUAUACAAUGUUUUGUGCGAUUACACAAUUAACCGUAAAACUUUAACGGUUUCAAGCAUU